AUGAAUCAACCCUUCACAACUGCUUCACUUCUUCCGAGGACCUUUGGCCUUGUGACUGGUGAGACUCAGGCUGUGUCCCUUCAAGGUCAGAUGAUUCCCACAGCCAUGAACACAGGAAGCUCCUCUGCAAAAAAAACCAUGGAGGGUAAAGUCAAAUCAGAAGAGAAAUGCAAGGCCUUCGUGGAUAUUUGCAAAUACUUCUCCGAGGAACAGUGGGCAAAGCUGGGAAACUCAGAGAAAAUCACCCAUGUGUACAUGAAGAGAAACUAUGACACCAUGACUCAGCUAGGUCUCAGGGCCCACCUCCCAGAUUUUAUGCGUCCUAAGAAUCAGACCACAAAAUCUCCUGAGCAUGAUUCUAAUGAAGAUCAGAACCCCAGGAAUCAGGGUGACCCACUGCCAGUAACACCAGACUCAGAGCCAGCUCAGAAACAGCCCUACCCCCUGGGAAAAGUGAGUGCCUCUGGUGAGCCCAGAAAGCAGAUGCCAGAGGAUGUGGGCAACAGACCAAGUGGAAGAAGGCUCAUGGACCCUUGUGAAGGAGGAGACAUCUUCUUAUCUGAAAACUUUAUUAACCAACACAUCUUUAUCACAGGAUUGGGGAAAGGGAAGACUAAUGUAUGGCUCCACAGGCUGAGAGAAAGAAGGGACCCUGUUGUGUAUGAAGAGAUCAGUGACCCCGAGGAAGAUGACUGUGCCACCCAGGACUCACAAGAAGAGGACCCCUAUGUGGGCCAUGGCAUAGGCCAGCCCCAGGAAGCCGCUGCCCAUGGUGGCAUUGCUGAAGUUGAACACUGUGUCUUCUCUGGAGAAAUGGGGCAGGGGUCAGAGAUGGAGCAGGGGGCCUACGAAGUGGAAGAGCUGGAUGAAGGGGCCCGAAGUCAAGACCAGAGCUGA